AUGAGUGGAACGGACUACUCAUAUGACGAUGAGUGUCAAUUCUUUCCGUUCUUCUUCCUCACCAUGGCUGGAAUAAUCACCAUUCCUUUGACGUACUCGUUACUCAAACCAAGCACGAAUCCAAGAGCAAUCGCACCCAAAAUCACUUCGGAAUUCCGGCCUGAUCAAGCAGAUAUCAUUGACUCACUACUGAAGGCGCAAAAAAGACGGGAGCUAAAGCUCAAGCGAAUAUGUACAGUAGUAAUAGGAUGGUUUACCAUGUUUGCGAUGACGUACCUAAUUAUGGUCACGGCUCGAUCCGUUACAAAAAUCUGGAAUCCAUAUGACAUUCUUGGUAUAUCAGAGUCCGCUUCUGCAAAGGAGAUCAAAUCACAUUUUAAGCGCAUGUCUCUCAAAUUUCACCCGGAUAAAAUUCGACCAGAUCCGGCCAAAAAUCAGACAGCCCAAUCGCUAAGUGAUCAUUUUGUAGAGCUUACCAAAGCCUACAAAGCGCUUACAAACGAAGAAAUACGAAAUAACUACAUUCAGUUUGGUCAUCCCGACGGCAAACAAAGCUUUAGCAUCGGAAUCGCUCUGCCGAAUAUUUUAAUCACUGACGGCAAUGGUAAAUACGUUCUCCUAGUCUACGCACUUUUAUUAGGGGUUUUACUACCUUACCUUGUCGGAUCAUGGUGGUAUGGGACCCAAAGCAUGUCAAAAGAAGACGUCCUGGUCAAGAGCGCCAACAACCUCUUUCUAGAAUAUAAAGAUGAUAUCACCCAAAGCGGCAUUCUUAGCGCCCUAACUACAGGCGUAGAAUUUCAGAAAAUGCUAUCGGGACAAUCAAAAGAGUCAGACAUUAAAAAGAUUGAAGCUAAAAUUCUGGAAACAUCUAGUCCAGAUUUGCUGGACAAUUCACCUUGUGGUAUGUGUCAAAAAGACCAGGAAAACCUACAGUCUCUUGAAAAUAGCGUUCGACGGGAAUCCCUUGGGCUCCUCUGGGCAUACCUUGGGCGCAUAGAUCUUAAUGAUGUGUCGCUCGAUCGGCUAAAGUUAGAAGCUGCCCCAAUCGCUCUAGCUCUGAACAGGUCCUUCUCGGCUAUUGCAUUCGCCUUUGGUUCAACUGCCCCGGUACUUCAGUCGUAUUUCACCUCUCAAAAUCUAUUGCAAGCCGUGCCACCAGGAGGUUCUCCUCUUCUUCAACUUCCAUAUUUUACUUCCAAAAUUGCUGGAAUUAUCGAGGGAAACUCUAAGAAUCAUCUUACUAUUCAGGAGUAUAUGAAAAUUCCUGGGUCCAUCCGACGAAAGCAAUCCAUCGGCAAAGGACUCUUAACUGAAGCACAAUAUAAAAUUGCCGUCUCUGUAGCCAGACAACUACCAAGGCUACAGGUUGAGAAGGCUUUCUUCAAGGUUCCAGGAGAGAAGUUUAUUACUACGAACUCUUUGAUUUCAUUGGUAUUAAAAGGUCGAUUUAUACCACCCGGCACGUCUCACAUUCCUAAAGUUGAGGAUUGUGACCUUGAGGAUGUUGAUCCAGAGGAAGGUGAUGUCGAUGCAAUACUUGGUCGAAACAAGACCGGUGCCGGAGGCAGGUCUAGUAAAAAACAAAAGCCUUUCCAGCCCCCACUUGCCCAUUCUCCAUACUUUGCUCGCGACUACUCACCUCGAUGGCACGUUUUUCUCGCUGAUAGUAAGCAGGGGAAGAUUGCUGUCCCUCCUUUUACAUUCACUGCAUUUGAAAAGCCCAUAUUCGAUCAACAAGGAAAGCCUACUUUUAAUGUACAGACAGUGAAAGCCCAAUUUCAGGCCCCGCCGCAAGCUGGGCAUUACACGUUUGUGAUGCAUCUAGUUUGUGAUUCCUACAUUGGCUUUGACACGAAAAUGGAGAUCACCCUCGUUGUUGAAGAAGCAAGCAAGGCGGUCGAGAUCAAAAUUGAGGAUGAUAUAAGCGAACCAGACGAAGAUUCUAUCGCUGGCCAAAUGCAAGCGCUUAAGACCGGAGGCACCGGUACAGCAUCAAAGAAGAAAUCAGCUGCCAAGGAUUCAAGCGACGACGAGAGCGAUACUGACGGGGAUGUAAAUGAAGCUGAAAACGGUGCGAGUGAGACGGACACAGAUACUGAUGGCGAGUAG